AUGAAAUCAGAUUUUCAUUUUUCAAAUUUACUGGGUACUGUUUAUAGACAAGGGAAUCUAGUCUUUUCGCAUGAUGGUAAACAGCUAUUAUCGCCAGUUGGUAAUCGUGUUUCUGUAUUUGACCUAAUUAAUAACAAAUCGUUCACUUUUGAAUAUGAACAUAGAAAAAAUAUCUCUACCUUUGAUUUAAAUAGACAAGGAACUUUAUUAUUAUCCGUUGAUGACGACGGUAGAGCCAUUUUAGUAAAUUUUAAAUCAAGAAACGUUUUGCAUCAUUUUAAUUUUAAAGAAAAAUGCACUCAUCUAAAGUUCAGUCCAGAUGGUAAAUGGUUUGCAAUUGCAUCUGGUAGAUUUCUACAGAUUUGGAAAACUCCAGAUGUUGGUCAAGAUCGUCAAUUUGCUCCCUUUGUUCGUCACAGAAUUCAAGCAGGUCAUUUUCAAGAUCUAACUUCUGUUUCAUGGUCUCAUGAUUCCAGGUUUUUAUUGACCACUUCAAAAGAUUUAACUUCCAGAAUAUGGUCUGUUGCUUCUGAAGAUAAAGAGUUGGCUUCAACUACCUUUGCUGGUCAUAGAGAUUAUGUAUUAGGUGCCUUCUUUAGCCAGGAUCAAGAAAAAAUUUAUACUGUUAGUAAAGAUGGUGCUUUAUUCGUAUGGGAAUAUACUACAGACCCUGAUGAAGAAGAUGUUGAGGAUGAAAGUGACGAAGAGAUAGAUUUGUCGAAAUAUAGCUGGAGAAUAACUGCAAAACAUUACUUUUUUGCAAAUCAAGCAAAGGUUAAAUGUGUUACUUUCCAUCCACAAACUAAUAUGCUAGUUGUUGGUUUCACUAAUGGUGAAUUUAGAUUAUAUGAAUUGCCAUCAUUUGUAUUGUUACAACAAUUGUCCAUGGGUCAGCAUCCAGUGAAUACUGUAAGUGUUAAUUCAACUGGUGAGUGGCUAGCUUUUGGCUCUAAAACUCUUGGUCAAUUAUUAGUUUAUGAAUGGCAAUCUGAGUCUUAUAUUUUAAAGCAACAGGGCCAUUUUGACACUUUGAAUGGCUUAACAUAUUCCCCUGAUGGUUCUAGAGUAGUAACUGCAUCUGAAGAUGGUAAGAUAAAAAUUUGGGACGUUGUUUCUGGUUUUUGCUUAGCUACAUUUGAAGAGCACACAUCUGCUGUAUCUGCUGUCCAAUUUUCCAAGAGAGGUCAAGUAUUAUUUUCAGCUUCAUUAGAUGGUACUGUUAGAGCGUGGGAUUUAAUUAGAUAUCGUAAUUUUAGAACAUUUACUGCCGCAGAAAGAAUUCAAUUCAAUUCUUUAGCAGUUGAUCCAUCAGGCGAAGUUGUGUGUGCUGGGUCCAUUGAUAACUAUGAAAUUCAAGUUUGGUCUGUCCAAACAGGUCAAUUAUUAGAUUGUUUAGCAGGUCAUGAAGGGCCAGUUUCAUGUCUAGCAUUUAGCCAAGAAAACAAUGUCCUAGCAUCAGCAUCUUGGGAUAAAACUAUUAGAGUGUGGUCAAUUUUUGGUAGAUCCCAGCAGGUGGAACCUAUUGAUGUAAGUGCUGAUGUGUUAGCGUUAUCUAUCAGACCAGAUGGUAGACAAGUAGCUGUUUCUACACUAAAGGGUCAAAUUACAAUGUUUGAUAUCGAGAGCGGUUUACAGGUUGGGAAUAUCGAUUGUAGGAGAGAUAUUAUAUCAGGUAGACAUUUAGAAGAUAGAUUUACCUCAAAAAAUUCAGAAAGAUCGAAAUAUUUUACUACCAUUCAUUACAGUUUUGAUGGUUUAGCUUUGGUUGCUGCAGGGAAUAAUAACUCUAUUUGUUUAUAUGAUAUUCCUAACGAAGUAUUACUAAAAAGGUUUGUCGUCUCUAAAAAUAUGACAUUAAAUGGUACUUUGGAAUUCCUAAACAGUAGUAGAAUGACUGAAGCUGGUUCUUUAGACUUAAUCGAUCGUGAUGGUGAAAACUCAGAUUUAGAGGACCGUGUGGACGAUUCACUGCCCGGAUCUAACAGAGGGGGGGAUUUGUCUACCAGAAGAUUAAGGCCCGAGAUUAGAGUAACAUCGAUUCAAUUUUCUCCAACUGCUAAUGCAUUUGCUGCUGCUUCUACAGAGGGGUUAUUAAUAUACUCUGUGGACGAUACCAUGUUAUUUGAUCCAUUUGAUUUGGAUAUGGAUGUUACACCAGAAAAUGUAAUAGAGAUUUUAAAAGAAAAAGAAUAUUUGAAUGCACUUGUUCUAGCCUUUAGAUUGAACGAAACAUACUUAAUAAAUAAAGUUUAUGAAGCUAUACCGAUUUCUGAGAUUCCUCUAAUUGGUAGUUCUCUUCCAGUUGUGUAUGCAUCUCGGUUCUUGAAAUUUAUUGGUGAUUUCUCUAUGGAAUCCCAGCAUAUUGAAUUCAACUUAUUAUGGAUAAAAUCAAUUAUUUCCUCACACGGUAAUUAUAUGAGUUCACAUAAGCACGAAUUUUCAACUUCGUUGCGUACAGUUCAAAGGUUUAUUGGUAGAAUUGCCAAAGAUAUUACCACCACUUAUUCUGAUAAUAAAUACGGUGCUAUGUUUUUAGUUUCUACAGAUGGUUCUAACGGUAAAGAUGAAGUAGAUGUAGAUGAUAUGGAACUAAUAAAUGAAAAUGAAGAAAAUGAGAAAACAACUUCUGAUCAGGAAAUGGAACCAGAGUCAAGAGAUGAUUCUAAAGAUGAUGAUGCUGAAGAUGAUGAUGAUGAAGAAGGAUGGAUUGGCUUUGACGAAAAGAAGAAACAGAAUUUACAAUUUGAAGAACCUGGUGAGUCAGAUGAUGAGGAUAUGAUCUAA